AUGAGCAAUUACACCGGCGAUUUAAUUCAGUCGAAAGCAAUACGCUCUAUGCUGAAUGCACUAUACUGGACCCUAGGUUCAAGGGCAGCUCGGUCUUCAAGGGUCGGAGCUAUGCGCAUUCACGCGCCUGAGUCUACGCCAAUUAAGACGGAGCCCAUACCAUCAUCAUCGACUAAUAAGGAACCUUCAAUUUGGAGCGAUUUUGACGAAGUUGCGAGCAUUUUCCAGAGAAUAGCACUGCAGCCGGUA